AUGUCAGUUAGAAAAUACCUAAGUUUACCAUCAGGACAGAUUAGUUAUAUUCCGGCAACUGUUGGUCUUCAAACACCAACCUUAACACCAGGUGGUGAACAACGCUAUUUUGAAUAUCCACUAACACCACAAGGAAUUGCUGCUGCGGGUGGUCAAAUUCAUCGAGAUUCGAUAUUACAACGAAGUGGUAAUGGUAUUGAUUUCUUUCAAGCAGAUGCACUUGCAGCACAAUAUUUACAACCAACAAGCCCAUCACCUGGUUUACCUAUCGCUACUUCAUUAUUAACAUCACCUUAUGCUAAUGGAUUUCAUGGUCAUUAA